CGACUUACUGGGCGAAGGUAUGGCUGCCAUUUUUGGACCUCAGUCCACAGAAUCCAGCAGCGCUGUGCAAUCAACAUGUGGGGCACUGGAAGUGCCCCACAUUCAGACGCGGUGGGAUUACAGAGUGAGACCCCGCAUGCAUACUUUGAAUCUGUAUCCACCGCCCAAUGCCCUUGGAUCUGCAUACCUGCAAUACGUCAAAGAAAAGAACUGGAAGCAGUUCGCCAUACUGUAUGAGCAGAAUGACGCUUUGAUCCGCCUUCAAGAGCUGCUGAAGGAUCCAAUGAUUAAGCAGAGACCAGUUGUGGUACGUCAGUUUGAAGAAGACAACGAUUACAGAAAGACGCUCAAAGAGUUGGGAAGAAAAGGCAUAAAGAACUUUGUAGUAGACGUAGAUACGCAAAAUGUUCAUCUGUUGUUGAAGCAU